CCGCAUUAUCCUGGCGAACACUUAGUCUCGACCCUGAAAAAAUAAAAUAUACCAGUUUCCUGAAAAACGUAUUAUUUAAAAACGAAAGUAGCUUGCUUUCGUCUUGUUACGCGUUACGCUCCUGAAAAGAAAAUAAUUAUCAAACCUACCUGUUGUUCCUGUGGAAAAUCUGCGAGUCCUAAGGCGUGUGGCGUUUCCUGAAAGAAAACAAGGUGAACCAGUCAUGUUCCUAUACCUCUGUUGCUGCGUGAUCCUAUGAAAGCCUGGACUGCACACGAGCAGGACACAACGCUGUCAUGCUGUCGCGCUCUACACGUCAAGCACGCGGCCUAUGCCAGCGCUCUUUACACAUUAAAUAUCUCAAUAUUAGUGGUGCUGUUGUAUAGUUGGAGGAUCGGCGUCAACGCCAAGAGAUAUAAAGAACUGGACGACGUUUAUUAUGGUGUACAGAUAGCGUAUUUCGCGAUAAUUGGAACGCAGAUGUUCAUGAUCGUCUUAAGCAUAUUCCUGUUUUACGGGAUUUAUAAAGAAAACGUCGCGUUUCUGGUGCCGUGGGUGGUGGGCUGCAUGACCUUCAUGGCGCUCGAAGCUAUGGCGAUGGUCUACUCGAACAUACUAAGAGAUCAUGUUAACAAGCAAUUUGACUCGAUGUGCAAAGCCGAAAUAUCAUUUUUAAUACCGAGAAUAUUUCUAAAUUGCCUUUGCAUCUGGUGUGUCCUGCGGCUUUACCACUUGCUGCGAGCCGGCGUGACCUGGAAGGGUGCGGUGCCGAUAGAGCUGUGACUACUGCCGCCCCUCCCCGCGGAGCCGGACUCUCGCCGCUCCCAGCCCUGUGAGACCUCCCUACUCCUGGGCGGCGUUGAAAGCGACACCGACGCAAGCUUACAUGAACUAUGACGUUUCUUGUACGUGCUUUUCUGUGACAGGUUUUAUUGUUUAUUGUCAGAUUUUGGACGCGUUCGUCGUGACACAUUAAGAUGUCUCUUAUUUUGUAAGUUUUCUAACCUCUUCAAGCAGAUUGUAAGGGGAUAGUGCUAGAAAACGAAGGCAGUUGUAGUGUUGGGUAAAUCUGAUUUGAAAAUGUUAUAAAUCACUGUCGAAAUUUUUGUCGAUUUGUUUCGAUGAUUUUAGAAUUAAAACCACUUUUACUGUUUAAUCUAGCGUUCUUUGUUAUCAUUAUGUUGUCUCCGAAGUUUUUAAGCUGUGUCCAAACGCAGUUUCAUAUUUUUUUAUUUUUUUUUUAUUGCUUAGAUGGGUGGAUGAGCUCUCAGCCCACCUGGUGUUAAGUGGUUACUGGAGCCCAUAUACAUCUGCAACGUAAAUGGGCCACCCACCUUAGAUAUAAGUUCUGAUUUCUCAAGUAUAGUUACAACGGUUGCCUCACCCUUUAAACCGAAACGCAUUACUGCUUCACGGCAGAAAUAGCCAGGGCGGUGAUACCUACCCGCGCGGACUCACAAGAGGUCCUACCGCCAGGAAAAAAGCGGAAAGCGAAGAAAAUAUAUUGUUUAUUAUUUUUUACCACUCUAUAUUAUAAAGAUCCACGCACACUAAUUACAUUGCGUUGAAUGAACACUGUAUAUUAUUAUGUAGUUGUUGUAAUAUAUAUUAUAAUAAAUUAUUUAUUGUUACAAGGAUCUAAAAGUGUAAUGUUGUUGGAUUAUUUUUUAUAAUUUAUCAUAAAGAAUGAUCGUUAAUUAAUUGCAUUCUUGUUAUCAUCGAUUCGCAGAAGCCUCGUUUGAAACAAUAAAGUUUAAGCCUUUCAAUUAUUUCACUCAAUAUUAUUAUAUGAACGACUUCAAAGUCUGAUGAUAAACGAAUCUUAAUUCGAUUUUCCCUCAUUUUACAUUUUCAUAUCUACAAUGAAAUUCUUCGCCUUCUACCUUCUAAGACAUUUAAUUAUCUAAUAAGCACGUUUGAGGAAAGUAUAAAUUAUGUAAAUAUAUCAAAAUUGUAAUAACUAUAGUAAGUAAAAUAUAUAUUAUAUUUAUAUGUAUUAAAAUAAUAUAUUUAUUAAAGCUUGUAAAUAAAAUUAGAAUUGUUGUUUAUACGACAUUGCAAUGACUUGCUGAUUACAAUGAUGCCAAUUUAAAAAGUAAAUUAAAAUUUAGGGGAAAGAAACUGUUAAACAAAUAUGUAUUGUUAAGAAGAUUGCGAACAGAAAUAAAAUACAUUAAAUGUUAA